AUGGAUGACGCGCACCGAAAGGCGCUGAGUCUGUCCGAAGUUCAAACUCCGCUGGAAUUGCAACCAUCUCAAAAACACCUCUUCUGUCCAGCGGCCAUGGAGCCAACUGGUCCACCAAACACCCAGGGGAUUUCCUCGCCGGGUAAUCUGAUCGCAAAGCAGAAGCAAGAUGCUCUACAAGCAGCGGCCCAGUCCAGUGGAGAUGGUGGCGUUUGGUCGCAGCUGUCCGGAAAUCCUUUCUUCACCGCGGGAUUUGGCCUCGCAGGUCUGGGGGCUGGUUUGAGUCUCGCCCAGAAAGGUCUCCGACAUGGCGCCGCCCUUCUUCGCCGACGGAUGCUGGUGGACGUCGAAAUCAGCAUCAAGGACGAUUCGUAUGCCUGGUUCCUACACUGGAUGACGCUGUACCAACAGUCGCAGCUCAACGCUGCGCGGUCGACGGCAACGGGUGGAUCGGGUUUCAUGGAGAGGAUGCUGCAGAAAUUGACACCGGGUAUGCGUCACCUUUCCAUCCAGACACAGAAGGUGGAACAUUCGAACGGAGCCAUCCACACACAGUUCACUCUGAUUCCUGGUCCCGGGAAACAUGUGCUACGUUACAAAAAUGCGUUUAUCAUGGUCAAUCGCAUGCGCGAGUCCAAGUCGAGAGAUCUCCAGACCGGUCGCCCAUGGGAGACCAUCACCCUGACCACACUCUACUCCCAUCGCCAUAUCUUCGAGGAUUUGUUUCAGGAGGCUCAUGCGUAUGCAUCCAAAUCGUAUGAAGGGAAGACCUCUAUCUACAAUAGCUGGGGUCCUGAGUGGCGACUCUUUGGCCAUCCGCGACGGAAACGUCCACUGGAGUCGGUGGUGCUCGAUAAAGGCGUCAAGGAGCGGAUUGUCCAAGAUGUGAAAGAUUUUCUGUCCAGCGCUCACUGGUACCAUGAUCGUGGCAUCCCGUACCGGAGGGGCUACCUGCUCUACGGACCACCGGGGACUGGUAAAAGCUCGUUCAUCCAGGCACUGGCCGGUGAGCUGAACUACGAUAUCGCUAUUCUGAACCUCAGCGAACGCGGAUUGACCGACGACCGACUGAAUCACUUGCUCACCAUCGUUCCGAACCGGACAUUGGUGCUACUGGAGGAUGUCGACGCAGCCUUCUCUAACCGCAGAAUGCAGACCGACUCGGACGGCUACCGAGGCGCCAACGUCACCUUUUCGGGGCUUUUGAACGCGCUGGACGGGGUGGCUAGUGCGGAGGAACGCAUUCUCUUCCUGACCACGAACCACGUCGAGCGGCUCGACGAGGCCCUCGUCCGGCCGGGUCGUGUGGAUAUGACGGUUCGACUGGGUGAAGUUACGCGCUACCAGGUCGCUUGUCUCUGGGACCGCUUCUAUGGCGAACUCGAUCCCACUGGUUCUCGCCGACAGCGAUUCCUGGAACGGCUCCAGGAGCUGGGGCUGAUCGAGGACGAAAACGGUGAGAAAGCGGACAAGCCCAGAAGUACCAGUGCCGCUGCCCUGCAGGGCUUAUUUUUGUACAAUAAGGAUAACAUGGACGGGGCGAUUGCCAUGGCCCACGCUCUGACGCAGACUGUGUAUGACGAAGCGGCUGUGGCAGCAUCUGAUUAG